AUACCUAAGUGCUGAGGUGACUUGGAGCAGAGAAGUAAUCUGAGUGGUGUGCAGUUAAUCAAGAGAAGGUUUCCUGAAAGAGGGUCAAAAUGGUUUCAAUACCAGAAUACUAUGAAGGCAAGAAUGUCCUCCUCACAGGAGCUACUGGUUUCCUAGGGAAGGUGCUUCUGGAAAAAUUGCUGAGGUCUUGUCCUAAGGUGAAUUCAGUGUAUGUUUUGGUGAGGCAGAAAGCUGGACAGACACCCCAAGAGCGAGUGGAAGAAGUCCUUAGUGGCAAGCUCUUUGACAGAAAUGAAAAUUUAAGAGAUGCUGUUCAGUUAAAUGUCAUUGCUACACGACAGCUUAUUCUCCUUGCACAACAAAUGAAGAAUCUGGAAGUGUUCAUGCAUGUAUCAACAGCUUAUGCCUACUGCAAUCGAAAGCAUAUUGAUGAAGUAGUCUAUCCGCCCCCUGUGGAUCCCAAGAAGCUGAUUGAUUCUUUAGAGUGGAUGGAUGAUGGCCUAGUAAAUGACAUCACACCAAAAUUAAUAGGAGACAGACCGAAUACAUACAUAUACACAAAAGCAUUGGCAGAAUAUGUUGUACAACAAGAAGGAGCAAAGCUAAAUGUGGCAAUUGUAAGGCCAUCAAUUGUUGGUGCCAGUUGGAAGGAACCUUUUCCAGGAUGGAUUGAUAACUUUAAUGGACCAAGUGGUCUCUUUAUUGCGGCAGGGAAAGGAAUUCUUCGAACAAUGCGUGCCUCCAACAAUGCCCUUGCGGAUCUUGUUCCUGUAGAUGUAGUUGUCAACACGAGUCUUGCAGCAGCCUGGUAUUCCGGAGUUAAUAGACCAAGAAACAUCAUGGUGUAUAAUUGCACAACAGGCAGCACUAAUCCUUUCCACUGGGGUGAAGUUGAAUACCAUGUAAUUUCCACUUUCAAGAGGAAUCCUCUCGAACAGGCCUUCAGACGGCCCAAUGUAAAUCUAACCUCCAAUCACCUUUUAUAUCAUUACUGGAUUGCUGUAAGCCAUAAGGCCCCAGCAUUCCUGUAUGAUAUCUACCUCAGGAUGACUGGAAGAAGCCCAAGGAUGAUGAAAACAAUAACUCGUCUUCACAAAGCUAUGGUGUUUCUUGAAUACUUCACAAGUAAUUCUUGGGUUUGGAAUACUGACAAUGUCAAUAUGUUAAUGAAUCAACUAAACCCUGAAGAUAAAAAGACCUUCAAUAUUGAUGUACGACAGUUACAUUGGGCAGAAUAUAUAGAAAACUACUGCAUGGGAACUAAGAAAUAUGUAUUGAAUGAAGAAAUGUCUGGCCUUCCUGCAGCUAGGAAACAUCUGAACAAGUUGCGGAACAUACGUUAUGGUUUCAAUACUAUUCUUGUGAUCCUGAUCUGGCGCAUUUUUAUUGCAAGAUCACAAAUGGCAAGAAACAUCUGGUACUUUGUGGUUAGUCUGUGUUACAAAUUUCUGUCAUACUUCCGAGCAUCCAGCACUAUGAGAUACUGAAGACCAAGAAUUUAGCAUUAGAACAUCUAUGCAUAUGGUGGUCUAAAUGCACAAAAUAUAAAAUGUACUUAUGUCAUCUCACCUUUUGUCAAGACGUUAAACCAUCUUAGAUCAGAGUGUGGAGUAAAUUAUAGUACGUUUUAUGUAACAUUUUAAUGUUUAUGCUCAUAAAACCUAGUGAACACACUGUGGUAUGCCAGCUGAAAUCUAUAGUAGCCACCAAAACUAUGACUUAACAUUUAGAUCCCUGGAAGAAGGGGGUGUGGGAUAAGGGCAGGAGUGGGGAAAUAGGAACACUGACCAGUAUAACUGUGCAAUUCUGGAACAUAUUAAUUAAAAUAUGCCUUAACAUAUAGUGAAUUUCUAAUUCUAAUAUUCAGUGCAAUGGAAAGCAUUUAUUUGGACAGGAAUACUAGCUACAUUGGUAAAUGUUUGAUUCUUACAGUGUUUGAUUUUUUUUUUUAAACAGUUGAAGUGGUUUUAGUUUUGUUGAAAUCAUGGCCACACUAUAUUCACAUCAUCCUGUAAGUUAUUGAGUGGUAUCAAACAUGAAAAACAUGAUCUCAUUUUUCUCUUUCUGAUUAAACAUCUGAUGCAUAUCAUUUUUCUAUAAGCAAUCAGUUGCUUUCUUAAUUGGAAGGCUAUAUAUUAUUUCUAAAGACCCAAUUGGAUCUAAAUGGGUUUGAGAAUCCAUAUCAAUGUAUACUAUGUUUUUUGAAGGAAAGUGAAAACAAAUUCAGUAAAACUGUUAGUGUCAAAAAGAGUGGGAAUACAUUGUUCUUGCCCAUGUUGUUAUGAUCAAAUAAAAAUCAGUCCUGUGAAAUUGUGUUCAUGUUUUGAAGCAGGAGGAUUUCUUGAGACUUUGUUGGAGGUGGGAGUGGGGAGGGAUUUACCAUACUUGUGCACUCCUUCCUUUAUAAAUUUCAUUUAUACAACUUUUUAAAAAGGUGUGUACGGUCUUUACAAUGAAAACUGAAAGUGCAUUAUUAUGGAAGAAUGUAUUUGUAGGUAGUAAUAACAUUCAGAAAAUGUCUUCGUGUAUAAAUGCAUACUAAUUUUGAUCUUCAAAGCUGAAUUUCUUCAAGAAAAAUAAAGUAAUGCAUAAGAUAAUAUGUAUAAAAUUAAGUAAAGGACUAUAUUUACAUACCACAUAAAGGAGCAAACUGUUGAAUGAGUUUGAAGAUAGCAUUUUUUUUUUCUGCAUGUGGUUUUAGCUUUAGAAAGAAAUGCAUUAUAGAAACAAGUAAUAGCAAGAAAAGUAAUGUAUAUUUUAAUGGUACAUUAUAAUUCCCUUUAAAUCUUACUAGUAGUUAACUCACAUUUUAAAGUACAUUUGGUUUAACAUUGUUCAGCAUAACACUGUUCUAAUUAAGCUGAUCAAGUUGUACUAUAUUUAAAUCAUCAACAGUGUACCUUGAAUAUGUUUAAAAAGUCAGUUCACAGUAAAAAAAAGUUACAUGGAACUUUACAUUUUAAUUUUCUUUGUCAAUUUAAAUGCAGUGUGAGAAGUUUAUUUUGCUAUUAUGAAAAAACUAAAUGUAAAGGAAAUCACCUUCUUCCAUGCAGGUGUAUAAUCUUGAAAAGGAAAGAUGCUUCCAUGUUGAAGCCAGAUUUUCUGUAGUAAAACUUUUAAACAUUAUUUUAAAAGAAAUACAUAUGUAUAUAGCUAUAUAUUCUUUGGAAUGAUACUGAAGUCUCUGGUCUAGGACCAUACCUUUGUACAAGGUGUGAGAGACCAUGACAGUGUCUGAAAAUGGAAUAAAUGAUGAUGCCUUUGAUUUAAAGUGGCCCAUGUAGUAUAUACUGAGUACUCCAUCUCUCCAAAUAUAUUUCCAUAAUGAGUUGAAAACAUGUCAACAUUUGUAUGAUUUUUAUACUUCUGCCAGAUAUACAUAGAAUCAAAAAAAUGUCUUUAUGUCUCACAAAAGAGUCGGGACAACUUGGGCAGGCCUGUGAAGUGCAGAGGGAUUAUAAAACUUCUGAGCUGUUUUAUUGUUCUUGUAAUCUAACUUAAAGAAAUGCUAACUUGGGAGGAUGCUGAGGCCACUGCAUUAAUGUUGUGUUUUUGUUUAGAAUUCUGUUAUCGAAAGAAAGCUAAUGAGUAAAUUAACUAAGUACAUUGUUCUGGAAUUUGAAGUUCCAAGAUUAGUAUAAAGAGAAUAUAGGUUGUUAAUCCCCAAACCAACUAGACUUUGAUCUUAAGUCAAACUUAAGGAUUUUGGAAAUCAUUUCUGUUUGUGUCAUUUGCUAGACGUGGUUUUUAGUUCUGGUUGAUUAUAUUUUCUACACAAACUCAUUAUUUAACAGGAUGACCUAUUAAUAAAUUUAAUAUUUCUUUUAACUCAUUUGAUAAAGCUGUGUUGUAAAAUGUGGAUUUUCCCCCCUAUUCGCUCUUAACUCUGGCAUAUGUAUUUUUAUAUUGUGAUGUCAUUGUGACUAUUUAAAUUUGACUUGGCAGCAUUAAUAUGUCCUAAAACUCAACACAGAGAAGCAUGGCAAUACCUUCUUUGACUUAAGGAUGGCAUAAAAUAAACAUUAUUUGAAUCUUUGUAAUAAAGCUUAGAAGCAGGGAGGAAAGAUCUCAUUUCUCCCUUUUUUGUGUGUUUGUCUGUAGGAACUGGUUUGGGAUUUUUUUGUUUUGUGUGGUGGGGGGGUUGUUUUAAAUGUAAAUUGAUAAUCUUUUAUAAGAAGUAAAUACAAGCAUUAUUAGGUGCCUUUGUUUGUAAACCAAAAAGUAAUAAAUGAAUCCCUAUAUUUCCAUUGUA